GUGUGUGUGUGUGUGUGUGUGUGUGUGUGCACAGGGAAACAGAAGGUCUUUUUUUGCUCAUCACAUUUUUACAUCCCAUCUCUCUUCCUCUCUUUUUUCUGCUCACAGACUACAUUGUCAACCCCCCUACACACACACACCAAUACAGACACACAGAUACACACUACAGUACUUGUAAAAAAAGAAAAAAGAAAUCAAUCAAGAUCAAAGGGUCAAAGAUCAAAGAAGGACUCCGUUACCAAAGCAGUCUUUUUUGCUCAUCCCCUCUCUCUCCCUUUCUCAUGCCCACGGACUACCCCCCACACACACCCACAUGCGCACACACGCGCACACACAGACACAUACACACACCUUCACACGAAUACAGAGCCCCAUACACACUACAGUACUUGUAAAAAAUUGAAGUCAAAAGGUCAAAUAUCAAAGCACUCCAUUACCAAAGCAAAGUCUUUUUUCCCACAUCACCCUGUCUCUCUCCCUUUCUUAUUCCCGCAGACACACGCGCGCGCACACACACACAUACACACACACACACCAAUACGGAGUCCCAUGCACACUACAGUACUUGUAAAUAAAAAGUAGUGAUCAAAAGGUCAACGAUCAGAGGAGUACUCCAUAACCAAAACAAGGUCUUUUUUGUUUUGGAUUUCACUGCAGCAUGUUUACGCAGGUGCUGUUGCUGCAAACCUAUAAGUGCAUGUAGCUUGCAUGGCUGGUCAUUUCAUCAGCAAAAAUGAAGCGACGCUUUUCUGUGGAGGAGGCUCUGACUGCUGUCCUGCAGUCCUCUGAGGGUGAGGAAGAGGAAUCCAGCAGGACUGACACAGGCAGUGAGGGGACAUCAGGGGAGGCUUUACCUGAAUUUGAAGAGGAUGGGUUUUCCAGCUCCAGCUCAUGUGAGGACAUGGAGGAGGAGGAGGCUGCUGCUGCUUGGAAAUCCAGAAAUGGGCAGGUGAUCUGGGGUCCAACCCCUGAUGAGACUCUGCGGUAUUUUCCACCUCCAAUUCUGACCUCAGGGCCCACGCGUUAUGCCUCAGACAGGAUCAGCAGCCCAAAGACAUCCUUUGAGCUCUUCAUUACUGAGGAAAUUAUUCAGCUUAUCCUCAAGAACACCAAUCUACAGGGGAGACGAACAGCAGCAGAAUGGAAAGAUGUAGAUGUGGAGGAGCUGUGGGCCUUUAUCGGAUUGCUAAUCCUGGCUGGAGUCUACAGAUCCCGGGAUGAGGCAACACAGAGCCUCUGGGCUGAGGACACGGGAAGAUCAAUAUUUCGUGCCACAAUGUCCCGGAAGAGGUUCCAGCAGAUCAGCGUGGCCCUCAGGUUUGACGACUGCCUGAGCAGACCAGCGCGUCAACAGAGGGAUAAGAUGGCUGCCAUCCGGGGUUUGUGGGAUUUGUGGAGCACCCGCCUCCCCCUCCUUUUCAACCCAGGCCGGGAUGUAUGUGUCGAUGAACAGCUGGUCCCUUUCAGGGGACGCUGUUCAUUCAGACAGUACAUCCCAAGCAAACCAGCUAAGUAUGGGUUGAAAGUCUGGGUAGUGUGUGAUGUGGAGACCUCAUAUGCCUGGAGAAUGCAGGUCUAUACCGGGAGGUCUCCAGGAGCGGAGAGAGAGGUUAACCAGGGGAUGCGAGUGGUGCUUGAGUUGACAGAGGGACUUGAGGGCCACACUGUCACAAUGGAUAAUUUCUUUACUUCGUUUCCGCUGGCGGAGGAGCUACGGAAGAGGAAAAUGACCCUGGUGGGCACCUUGAGAAAAAACAAGCCGGAGCUCCCCCCACAGCUACUACAGACCCGGCUGAGAGAACCGCUGUCCUCAGUGUUCGCCUUCACUCGCACCCAAACAGCUGUGUCCUACGUGCCAAAGAGGGGAAGGAACGUCUUGCUGCUCAGCACAAAACACAGGGAGCCAGCAGUGGAGGAGGGCCCGAAGAAGAAACCUAAGAUUGUGACUGACUACAAUCACUGCAAAGGUGCAGUCGACAACCUAGAUAAGGUUGUUGGCACCUACAGCUCUCGUCGGAGGUCCUGCAGGUGGCCACAGACCCUUUUUUGCAACAUCUUGGACGUCUCCUCCUAUAAUGCUUUCAUCCUCUUUGUGGCUGUGGAUCCCAGCUGGAAUCAGAGGAAACUGUUUAGGAGGCGCCUGUUUCUUGAGGAGUUGGGAAAAUCCCUAGUUGCCCCAAUGAUGGCCCGAAGACGCCGCAUGCCGCGCACACCAGCAGCAGCCACACUGGUUGCACAGAUCCAAGGCCAAGAAACAGAGCCAGCAGCAGCAGAAGCCGGGCCCUUGAAGAGGCGCAAGCAAUGCACAUUUUGCACACAACAGCGAAAGGUCUGGACCCAGUGUUCCAAGUGCAGCAAGUACUCAUGCAAAGUACACAUGAAAGCGAUCUGCAGCUCCUGCUCCACUGAGUGAACUCUCUCACUGACACACACACGCAAGUUGUUGUUAUUGUUAUUGUUCAUAUAUGCGAUCUGCAGCUUCUGCUCCACUGAGUUAACUCUCUCACUGACACACACGCACACACACACACACACACACACACACACACACAAGUUGUUGUUAUUCAAAUUUUGUGUUUUCGACAAUAAAAAUGUGGGUUAAUAUUCCCAAAAUGACA